AUGUUAAAUUCCGUAUCCUAUUUCAGGUAUAAAAGUUUGCGAACCUCAUCAAACACGUUUGUGAUCAACCUUGCCGUGCCAGACUUCCUAAUGUGUCUUCUGUGUCUGCCAAUGCUAACCCAUUACUUCAUUCGAAAUGAUUUGGAUAGCGAUAUCGAUAUAUGGUUUAGACAACAUGAGAAAAUUUAUUUCAGUGUUCGAGAAAGUGGUCAAUAUGAUGAAGUGUCAUUUCGACGCAUGCGCAAAAGUAGAACACUGGAACGAUGUGAACUGAAGACAGCUAAAGUGGCCCUUAUGCUUAUCACAGUCUUUUGUCUUGCAUGGACACCUUAUAGUGUCGUGUCUUGGAUUGGCCUAGUUGGCAAAAGAGAGUGGUUAACUCCAUUAAUGAUUGCAAUACCGGCGAUGUUUGCCAAGAUUUUAACUGUUUUGAACCCUAUACUUUACGCAUUAUCACUUCAAAGCUUCAAAUCAAAGUUGAAAUUAUGUUGGAAGCAGUAUUUUAAAACUGAAACUGCUUCAUUUGUGUCGAUAGAUAGAAGUUUUCCCUUGACCGCAGGGGCAUGUAACUUACAUAACACGUGUUAUGUACCAAGAACGUGUGAUAUACCAAAUAUGUGUAACAUAGAUAGAACAUGUAACAGAACUGACGGGAUUGCUUUACCGACAGCAUGCUCCAUACCUAAAACAUACACCAUGCCAAUACCAAACAUACAACAUUCAACCAGUGUUAAUGAGGAAUCUAAAGAUAACAAAAUUGCAACUACUGCAUUAUAG